AAGAACCAAGGGUAUGGCGCAGCGCGACCAAACGUGGGUGACAAGGAGAAUGGGGAGGGAGAGGGGCCAGUGUUGUGGGGCGGGGUCUGAUGAGAAGUAGGCGGGGCUGUGUCGUGGGUGCUGUUCUCCAACGCGCAACCCCGCUAAGAGCAGGUAACCGCAGGAAGGGAGCAGUGAGCGCCCCAGCAGGAAGACGUUUGGCGAGUAGUAGGCAAGUCUGCAUUCCUGGCCACGCAGGCUCGGGCUGUGCAACCCCAAGGCCUAGCAGGAUCCCUCGGGGCGGCGGAUCCCAGGAGCAGGCUAGGAGCCGCCACCAUGGCUGUAGGCAACAUCAACGAGCUGCCCGAGAACAUUCUACUGGAACUGUUCACCCACGUCCCGGCCCGCCAGCUGCUGCUGCGCUGCCGACCUGUCUGCAGCCUCUGGAGAGACCUCAUUGACCUGGUUACACUCUGGAAGCGCAAAUGCCUUCAAGAGGGCUUCAUCACCGAGGACUGGGACCAGCCUGUGGCUGACUGGAAGAUCUUCUACUUCCUGCGCAGCCUGCAGAGGAAUCUCCUUCACAACCCUUGUGCUGAAGAGGGAUUUGAGUUCUGGAGCCUGGAUGUGAACGGAGGGGAUGAAUGGAAGGUGGAGGGUCUCCCCAGAGACCAGCGGAAGGAGUUCCCCAAUGACCAGGUCAAGAAAUACUUCGUGACUUCUUAUUACACCUGCCUCAAGUCCCAGGUGGUGGACCUCAAGGCUGAAGGGUAUUGGGAGGAGCUGAUGGACACCACCCGGCCGGACAUCGAGGUCAAGGACUGGUUUGCAGCCAGGCCAGACUGCGGGUCCAAGUACCAGCUGUGCGUCCAGCUCCUGUCAUCAGCCCACGCACCACUGGGAACCUUCCAGCCGGACCCGGUGAUGAUCCAGCAGAAAAGCGAUGCCAAGUGGAGGGAGGUUUCACACACAUUCUCCAACUAUCCGCCCGGCGUCCGCUACAUCUGGUUUCAGCACGGAGGCGUGGACACUCACUACUGGGCCGGCUGGUACGGCCCGAGAGUCACCAACAGCAGCAUUGUCAUUGGGCCCCCGCUGCCCUGAUGCCUCCUGAGCCCCAAUCCUCGGAGCCCUAAUUGGUAAAGAGUAGAAAAGGGCCAGGCUUGGGAAGAGGAGGUGGAAGUCAGUCACUCCCAGACCUCACUGCUAGUCUUUGCCCCCAGCUACCUCUGUGUGGACACAAGAGAGAGGUCCCCAGGUUGUAUGCUUGCCCAGACCUGUUUCUACCCCUGACCUCUCUCCUCGUUCUCCUUAAGGGCCCUUAGAUCGGGGACAGACAACAUAUCUGACAGGUUUGGGGACUGCCUUUAAUGAUGCAGAUGUCAUAAGGCAGACCUGGGAUAGAAGGCUCCGCUGGCCAGGUCUUAGCCUGGUUGUCAGCCACUGUAUGCUCUCAUCUUUGGCCUUCAAGUCAGGCCUGGUACCAGAUAGGUAGGAUCAGACUGUCCUUGUCAUCAGCAAAGCCCCAAAGCCAAGGUGGGUACCAAUGAGUGCAGGACUCCCCAGAGGACGCAGGACGAGAGGCAGGAUGGACCGAGAUUCUGAGAGCUGGGAUAGGAAAACAGUAGAAGGACCUGGCCAGGUUCUUUGUGGCUUGGAAAUGUCCCAGCCCCAUCUGUAGGAGCUUCAGUUGACACACUACCCCCUGACCCCAGCACCACUCGUCCUUCCUGUUACAUAGCCAAAUAAAAUGUUUCUAGCCUCUU